UGAAAAAAAACAAAACUGAUUGUAUAGUACACAAAGCCAGCCGCAUGUUUUCUUUUAUGCAAAAGAUGCGUAGCUUUCAAAGGAAUUUCUCCGUUUCCUCCUCCUUUCCCCUACUUCCCUUACAGCUUCCAUCUCCAAUGGAAACCCAUGUUUGGUUUGUUUUACCUGAUGAAUUCAAGAGUGUGUCUCUUUUGAAUCAAUACAUGGAACUUCUAUCUCCAUGUGAGAAAGAAAAUGUUUUGUCUAUGCGUGGAGACCAGCUCCAGAAAAGAGCCUUGCUUGCCCGUACUUUGGUUCGCACUCCUAUUGCAAGAUAUAAACAAUCAUGUUGUUGAUCCAAGAUCUUUGAAGUUCAAGAAGAACAUUCAUGGAAAGCCUGAGCUAGUGUGGGAAAGUGAUGAUGGCCAGUGCCCUUCUCCAUUACAUUUCAAUAUCUCACAUACAUCAUCUUUGAUAGCUUGUGGAGUGACUGUGAAUUCGCCAAUUGGUAUUGAUGUAGAAGAGAAGCAAAGAAAAAUUAAAAACAAUAUCUUAGCUUUUGCACGGCGGUAUUUCUCUCUAUAUGAAGUGGAACACUUAAGUGCGAUUUCUGACUCUGAAGUUCAGCGCCAGGAAUUUGUAAAAUUAUGGAUUCUCAAGGAGGCAUAUGUGAAAGCUUUGGGAAGAGGCUUCUCUGCUGCACCUUUCAAGACUUUCACAAUUCACGAGAAGGAUGCUACCAAUUCUGGGGCAUCUGAAGUAGUUGUGGAAUCUUCCGACCACCCUGUGAGUCUCACAAACAACUGGCAAUUUGGACUUUUUGAACUGGCCAGUUCUCAUUAUGCUGCCGUGUGCAUGGAAAAAGAUAAAACAAGUGAUGUUGCGAUGAGGGUUCCAAUGAGAUUGACUGUAAGGAAAACCAUUCCAUUUGUCGAAGAUAUAUGCAUUUCUGGAACUGAUGCAGUUGUACCUAUUGCAGGCUUGAUCAAACAAGUGUGAUUGUAUAAUUCCAUUUUGUUUUCUUGUUAUUUAUUUAUGUGGAAUUGCAAUCCAAUAUUGUGGCAUUACGUCGUUAGAAAGCAAAAUUCCCGAUUCUUUUGUCAUUGCCUUUUUUCCCGUAGCUAGUUACAAGACAUUUUGUGCUGACGUGAUUUGAUUUGUACGCUAAUUCUGUUCUUAAUUACCCUUCUUUUACAGUAGUAAAA